GACUGCACAGCUGGGAAUAAAGAGAGUUAUCAGUAAAUCUACCGUUCAUUCCGUCGUGCGUUUAGUUUGCAGUCAUUUGAACACUUGUCAACUCUUUCUGACCAGAGACUUUACCAAAAUCUCAAAAUGUGUGACGAGGAUGUUGCCGCUCUUGUCAUUGACAAUGGAUCAGGAAUGGUGAAAGCUGGCUUUGCCGGCGAUGAUGCUCCACGAGCUGUCUUCCCAUCCAUCGUUGGACGCCCAAGACACCAGGGUGUCAUGGUUGGCAUGGGACAGAAGGACAGCUAUGUCGGUGACGAGGCCCAGAGCAAGAGAGGUAUCCUCACCCUGAAGUACCCCAUAGAGCACGGUAUCGUCACAAACUGGGACGAUAUGGAGAAGAUCUGGCAUCACACCUUCUACAACGAGCUUCGAGUUGCCCCAGAGGAGCACCCAGUCCUGCUGACCGAGGCUCCCCUCAACCCCAAGGCCAACAGGGAAAAGAUGACACAGAUCAUGUUCGAGACCUUCAACAGCCCCGCCAUGUAUGUCGCUAUCCAGGCUGUCUUGUCCCUGUACGCCUCUGGUCGUACCACUGGUAUCGUCUUCGACUCCGGCGAUGGCGUCAGCCACACCGUACCAAUCUACGAGGGAUACGCCCUUCCCCACGCAAUCCUCCGCCUUGAUUUGGCUGGCCGUGAUCUCACAGAUUACCUCAUGAAGAUCCUGACCGAGCGUGGCUACAGUUUCACCACCACUGCUGAGAGAGAAAUCGUUCGUGACAUCAAGGAGAAGCUCUGCUACGUCGCCCUUGACUUCGAACAGGAGAUGCAGACGGCUGCUACCUCCAGCUCCUUGGAGAAGAGCUACGAACUUCCCGACGGACAGGUCAUCACCAUCGGAAACGAACGAUUCAGGUGUCCCGAAGCCCUCUUCCAGCCCAGCUUCUUGGGUAUGGAGUCUGCUGGUAUCCACGAGACCGCCUACAACAGCAUCAUGAAGUGUGAUGUUGACAUCAGAAAGGACUUGUAUGCCAACACCGUGCUGUCAGGUGGUUCCACCAUGUACCCAGGCAUUGCCGACCGUAUGCAGAAGGAGAUCACUGCCCUUGCUCCACCAACGAUGAAGAUCAAGAUCAUUGCCCCACCAGAGAGGAAAUACUCCGUAUGGAUCGGUGGCUCCAUCCUUGCUUCUCUCUCCACCUUCCAACAGAUGUGGAUCAGCAAACAGGAAUACGACGAGUCUGGCCCAUCCAUCGUCCACAGGAAGUGCUUCUAAACAUUGUUCAUAAGUAUGACUUUAGCUUGUUGAAAUUAACUUUGGUAAAAAGCAUUUACAAGGAUUUACGCUACCGCUUAACCCUUUACAUGUUUUUUUCUUGUGAAUUCAAAGCCAGUUUAAUAUUCUUGGUUCGGGCAUACUGGUUGCUCUUUUGAGAAUUGGUGGAUGAAACAUAAGCUAAGGAAGGGAAAAUAUCCUUAAAAAACCCAAUGUGCAUCUGCCAGUCUGAGGGUACUCCGACGUUGAAGAGAGGUGUACUUUACAGGCACAGCGAACUCGGGUUGGUCAAGAUGGUGGCCUACCUUGUGCUCUCUUUCAAAUGAAAAGUACUAAUUAAAGACCCGAGUUUUAGGGCAAAUCAUUCCAAUAUUUCAUUCCGAAUCUCGAGUGUUGUUUGGUGCAGUGGUAGAUUAAAACGGGAUUUUGCAAUAAUUGAUGGAUUGGGUUAAUCCCGCAUUACUUUUUAUAUUAUGACGGAUAAAUCAUAGAAGCUAGAAACUGCAUGGUGAAAGUCAGAAGUAUUACCGUUGUCAUGGUAACUAACGAGGCUUUUUAGUGACAUGAAAAAAAGUGGCGGCAGGAGACGAUGGAAACCACGUGGUAUGUCAGUCACGUGGCUUUGUACACGCUCUGCAUAAUGCAUGUAAAUAAAGUUUAUAUCUGUUGAAUUA